ACCCGUAAAAUCCCCCAAAAAAAGAGGAACUUGGUGGGUAAGCCAACCGCUUACAAAGAACAACACCAGGACUGGGAGUAGACCAACAAGAAGCAGUAAAACAACAUUAAUUAUCGUCGAAAGCUUUUUCCUUUGUAUGGUCUCUGUGCUUCACAAACACACACACACACUCACUUCAGAUUUCUCCCCUAGAGACUCAAUUUCAUGGCUAUUUGUUUUCACACAGUGUGCCUUUGACCUCCUCAUGUUGUAAUUCAAUCCGUUACAAAAAAAAAAAAAAAAAUUUAUACUAGUACUAAUUCCAAUCCUAAAGCUUUUCUCUACCUUCUCUCUCUGUGUGUGUGUAUAAAUGGCUGAUGUUAUUCGAUUUUCAUUUCAUUCUCUCCGUUUCUCUUCUUCUUCUUCUUUGCUCACCUCCUUCUCUUCCUCCUUGAAUAGUCUCCAACCGGGUCUCCUUCCCAUUCCCAACUCAGAUAAGAGGGUUUAUCCUCUUUUGUAUUCUUCUUCUUCUGCUGGAGAUUUUGCCCGCUUUGCUUCCACACCCAGAAAGCAGUUGGCCUCUUUAAAGGUUCGGGCAACUGUGACUGAAACUGACCAACCAAAAUGGUGGGAAAGGAAUGCACCAAAUAUGGUUGACAUUCAUUCUACACAAGAAUUUUUGAGUGCACUAAGUCAAGCCGGGGAGAGAUUAGUUAUUGUAGAAUUCUAUGGAACCUGGUGUGCUUCUUGCCGGGCAUUAUUCCCUAAGCUCUGCAGAACAGCUGAAGAACACCCUGAAAUUGUAUUCCUGAAAAUCAAUUUUGAUGAGAAUAAGCCGAUGUGCAAAAGUAUGAAUGUUAAGGUGCUUCCUUAUUUUCACUUCUAUCGUGGAGCUGAUGGACAAUUGGAGGCCUUUUCUUGUUCACUUGCAAAGUUUCAGAAGAUAAAGGAUGCUAUUCAAACACACAGCACAGCUCGCUGCAGCAUUGGCCCACCGAAGGGAGUUGGAGAUCUCAAACUAGAAGCCUCCUUUGCUCCAAACGACAAACCAUCAGGAUCUACAUCAGCAUAGAGCUUCCCCAAUUCAGGCCUUUCGGUUUUAAUGCCCAUCCCUGUAUAUGAUGCACAAACCUCAUCGGUGACCUAUCUAUUCAUAUUCUGUAUAUUUUGUCUAGAAUACUACGCAGAAAGUGGUAUCCGACUGCAUUCUUUGCUAUCAUGAUCUCGCUGUUAUGUAUGUACCUCAAAACUUGGUGAAAAUGGUAUUCAGAUUCUGGAUUUAUUAUUUUUUUGAGGAAAUUCUGGAUUUAUUAAAUGUUUGUUUUUUCAUUAA